UAGAAGGGUCCGCCUGACCGCUUAACCUAUAAAUUAAGUAAGUGCGUAAUCCGCGUAUUUCUUGUGCAUCUGUUAAUUUCACGAAGGAUAAAGUUUCUCGGAGCCUUAACUAGUCAACGAACGAAUCGACAAUCAUAAACAGGAUGUUGAUGCCUAAGAAGAAUCGUGUUGCUAUUUACGAGUACCUCUUUAAGGAGGGCGUAAUGGUAGCAAAAAAGGACUAUCAUGCACCAAAGCACCCAGAGUUGGAGGCAAUUCCCAACCUUCAAGUCAUUAAAGCCAUGCAAUCUCUGAAGUCGAGAGGAUACGUCAAGGAACAAUUUGCAUGGAGGCAUUUUUAUUGGUAUUUGACAAAUGAGGGUAUCGAAUAUCUACGUGGAUAUCUACACUUACCACCUGAGAUCGUACCGUCCACUUUGAAGAGACAAGUUCCAUCUGGAACGGCGAGACCCAGACCAGCAGCAGGCCCAAGAGGGGAGUCCUCCCGACCAACCGAAGAUCGUUCCGGUUAUCGGCGUGGCCCAGGAGGACCGUCGGGUCCAGGAGACAAAAAAGCUGAUGUUGGGGCAGGAACGGGGGUUCCGGAAUUCCGUGGUGGUUUUGGGCGUGGUAUACCUCAAUAAAUGACUUUUUUCUAUAUAAAGUAAUAAAUAUAACAAAAAUGACUAUA